AAAGCUUGCAAGAUGUGUCGUACGAGCCCAUAGACACAGCAAUGCUGGGCUGGAAGGAGGAAGUGCAGUGGAGAGGGGAGGGACCGCGCGCAGAGAUCCAGGCUGCUGCCUAUGCGCCACUGAGAAGUUGUGCGCAUGGAGCGGCGGGGGACAGCUGGAAGAGCUUCAUACUGCAAACUCAAGGAAUAGCAGAAUACCUGCAGAGGAUGGAAACUGAGGAGGCACAGGAAAUGUCCCAGAUAGCAGGAAGGGACAGCCCUACUGCCAAUGAUGGGGGAGAGGACCAAGAUGAGGCCAUGCCAGUUCCUGAGGACCUCUCAGCCAGCACAGGCCUCCAAAACAACCGCACAGACAAACCACUGGCCUGCAAUAUAAAAGUUGAGGCUCGGAGUGACGAGGAGAACGGGCUGGCCUGUGAGAUGAAUGGAGAGGAAGAGGAAUGUGCAGCCGAGGACUUGCGCGUGCUCGAUGGUUCGGGGGCCAAAGUGAACGGCUCCCACACAGGCCCUGACAGCAAGCCGGCCGUCUACCCCACGGCCGGGGGAAUCCGCCUCCCCAACGGCAAGCUGAAGUGCGAUAUCUGUGGGAUAGUUUGCAUUGGGCCCAAUGUGUUGAUGGUGCACAAGCGAAGUCACACGGUUUCCCUUGUGACAGCUGUGAAGACAAAACAGUCCAAAAGCAACAACCAACCAAGAAAAGGUGAGAGGCCAUUCCAGUGUAACCAGUGUGGUGCCUCCUUCACCCAGAAGGGUAACCUACUCCGACACAUCAAACUGCACUCGGGCGAAAAACCCUUUAAAUGCCACCUGUGUAACUAUGCCUGUCGCCGUAGAGACGCCCUUACUGGUCACCUGCGCACUCACUCAGUUGGAAAGCCUCAUAAGUGUGCAUAUUGCGGUCGCAGUUACAAGCAGCGGAGCUCACUAGAGGAACACAAGGAGAGAUGUCACAACUACCUGCAAUGCAUGGGCCUUCAGAAUAGCAUUUAUACAGUGAAGGAAGAGAACAGCCAGAAUGAACAGAGAGAGGACAUGCCUGCGUCUGAGAGGGCCUUGGUGCUAGACAGGAUAGCUAACAAUGUAGCAAAGCGUAAGAGCUCUAUGCCACAGAGGUUUGUGGGUGAGAAUCGGUUGUCAGAGCUCUCAUUUGAGGCCGGCUCUGGAGAACUCAUGCAGCCUCAUGUGAUCGAUCAGGCCAUCAACAGCGCCAUUAGCUACCUGGGAGCGGAGUCCUUGCGACCUCUGGUUCAGACUUCACCUGGAUCUGACAUGGUGGUCAGCCCCAUCUACAAUCUCAGCAAGACACAAUCGGUUGAAGGCAACGGCGUGUCAGCUAAAGACAGCGCAGCUGAGCACCUCCUUCUGCUCUCCAAGUCCAAAUCGGCCUCCGUGGAGAAGGACGGCUCCCCCAGCCACAGCGGCCAGGACUCCACUGACACAGAGAGCAACAACGAGGAGCGAGCGGCCGGGGCAGCGGCCGCAGGCGGUCUCAUCUACCUAACCAAUCACAUGGCCCCCGGCAUGCGUAACGGAGGCCUGUCCAUGGUUAAGGAAGAGCAGCGGCAUUUCGAGGCCCUGCGUGCAGCAGGUAUGGAGAUGAGUUUGGCAGCAUCUGAAGGCUUUAAGGUGUUGAGCGGAGAGGGAGAAGAGGUGAGGGCGUACCGCUGCGUCCAUUGCAGGGUUUUGUUCCUGGACCACGUCAUGUACACCAUCCACAUGGGUUGCCAUGGUUUCCGAGAUCCGUUCGAGUGCAACUUGUGCGGUUACCGCAGCCAGGACCGCUAUGAGUUCUCUUCGCACAUCACGCGCGGAGAGCAUCGCUUCUGAGUCAACACACAUACACAACACUCACACGUGAUCUUCCCAUUUUAUACGUUUUAAAUUUAAAGUCCGAACACUGUUGACAUUUCUAAGUUCUUUUCACAUUGAUUGAUUUGGACAUAUGUACAUACAAGGGCGUAGAUUUGGUUCGAACAUUGGGGGGGUUAAAGUGACAACUUGUACAUAUGUUUUCAUUUAUCAUUGUAUAAAUAUUGAGGGGUGUAUUUGCUAGUUUAGAUUGAGUUACCUUUCCCCAAUUAGCCCAGAAACUACGUUCUGUGUACAUACAUUAUAUAUUUUACUGUUUGGUCUAUUUUCUUAAAAUGUUGUGAGUUGAAUUGUCAUUCACAAAAUAUUGUAUCUAUACCUACUGUAACUAAAAAAGUAUUUCAAGUACAACAUUCACAAUCUCACAUAAAAAAUGAACACUGUUAGCUGCCCUCAAGAUAAAAUAAUAGUAAUGCUAAAAAUAAUACAAUUUAUACCAUGAUUAUGAUACAGUAAUGAUGUUAAUGCCUUCGUUUCUAUUUAUGUCUCAAAUCCCUGAGUUUAAACUGUUUGCUAAACUGAAAACCAUUAUUUUUGUCAUCUUGAUAUUGAAUAUACAUAUUUUUAUAUUAUCUAAGCAGUUUAAACAAUUGCAUAUUAUUUUAUAAUUUAUUACAGUGAAAUUAUAACACAAGUUGUCCAUUUUGUGUUUACAUUUUUUAAAUGCUCCCAAAUGUUAUGUAUGAUAUGGAAACAGCUGUAUCCCAGAGCAUAUUGUACCCUUGUGCUUUUUAAGUUUUUAUUUCAUAUCUUUUUUAUGCUUGGUUUUUAUUUAACAGUACAAAUUUACAUCAUUUUUCUUGAACAUAUAUGUUAGAAUAUAUAUGCUUGCAAGAUUAGAAUAAAAUGUAUUUUACA